UUCAUUUUACUUACGGCAGCCUUGGUUGAAUGGGAUUUUCUCAGUGCAGACAAGUUGUCAGGACAAGGAGAAUGGAGCACUCCUGUAUCUAUAUAACCAUUGCUGCGUGUGUGCAAAUAUCCACUUGGAAUUAUGCUGAGUGAACAAAUUUUUCAAACAGUUUAGGGUGAUUCACCUGAAAGAUCAGAUGUAUUUGCUUGACCUGAAAUUUAAGGAAUGUAGAAAAGAAUUCUAAGCUUGUGUGGCAAGCCGUGAGAGAGAACACUAAGGAAUAAGGAAGCUGAGAAAGAACUAAAAGGAAUAAGAAUAGCUGUGAAUUCCAGUUCAACCACUACUCUGAUUAUUCUUCCUUCGAACUUCAUUUCUCUUUGGUAGCUUCAUGUCUAAAGCUAUGGACAAAGCAAUUAAAAACUGGCUAUUCCUUACCCUGCUGCAUGUCGCUAUUGAAAUCAGUGAGGGAUGCUACUGUGAACAUUACCCAUGGGCUCCCUGGUCCAGUUGUUCACAAACCUGUAACUAUGGGACUCAAAGCAGAUAUAGGCAAAUACGAGUAGAUGAGUACUACAGGAAAAACUUCUGUGAACAACUUUGCACCACUCAAGAAACCAGGGCCUGCAACCAACAUAAGUGUCCAAUCAACUGCCAAAUUGGAGACUUUGGUCCCUGGUCAGAAUGUGACCCUUGCAUUAAGAAACAAUUUCGCACCAGAUCCUUGCUCCAACCCUCUCAGUUUGGAGGGCGACCUUGCAGUGAGCAGCUGGUAGAGUCCCGAAGGUGUUUUCCCACCAAACUUUGCAACAUAGAGGAAGUCAACUGUGGGAAUAAGUUCCAGUGUGAUAAUGGCCGCUGCAUCAGACAAAAUUUGGAGUGCAAUGGAGAAAAUGACUGUGAGGAUAAUUCAGAUGAAAGAAACUGUCGUCGUGUACGGCCAGUGUGCAACAGAAGACAUGAAAGCCUUCCUAGUGUUGCAUUAAUGAGCCAUGGUUUUCAUCUUCUGGCAGGAGAGAGCCGAGGAGAAAUUCUCAGUAGCUUAUUCUAUGGAGGUAAAUGCACCCUUGUCAAGAGUAACGAUACACGAAAAGUAUUCCGGGUUCCUGCAAACGUGGAGGCUGUCAGCUUUCAGGUGGAGAAUGAAGAGGAUGAGGUGGCAUCUGAUUUUUACAGUGAUUUAAUCCCCCUAGAUUCUGCUUCCUCUAGACAAAGUUCUUAUUCUGGCUCAGGCAAACGUUCUUCUGGAAUCCCACUGCUCUUCUCCAAAAAGACAAAAGUCAGGGUCACUUCUUCAACUUCCUUCAAAGAGGCUGUGAAGGCUUCAUAUAAAAAGAACUCCAACUUUAUUAGGGUCCAUAAGGUGGUUGCAGUAUCAAACUUCACAAUGAAGCAGACAGAUUUGCAGCUGUCUGGUGUCUUCUUGAAGGCCCUCAACAGCCUUCCUCUAGAGUACAACUAUGCUCUCUACAGCCAGAUAUUUGAUGACUUUGGGACUCAUUACUAUGCAUCUGGUUCUAUGGGCGGCACAUACGACCUCCUCUAUCAAUACAGUGCUGAAGAACUGAAAAACUCAGGUUUGACAGAGGAAGAAAUGAAUGAAUGCAUCCGAACAGAAACAACUAGACGUGUCUUUUUUCGAAAGAGAAAGAAAGUGAAUACAAAAUGCACCAACAAUAAAAUGACUGUUCGACAUGAAGGUUCAUUUUUGCAGUCAUCUGAAAAAUCUAUAUCAUUAGUAAGAGGUGGGAGGUCACAAUAUGCUGCAGCUCUUGCCUGGGAGAAGAAUGGAGCUUUGCCCGAACACAUUGCAUAUACGAAUUGGCUGGAAUCAACCAAAGAGAAUCCAGUCAUAAUUGACUUUGAGCUGGGUUUCAUUUUGGAUUUGGUGAAGAACUUUCCAUGUGCAGUAACCAAGCGGCGUAAUCUCAGAAGAGCUCUUAUUGAAUACAUGGAACGAUUUGAUCCUUGCCAAUGCAAGCCCUGCCCCAACAAUGGCAGGCCGGUGCUGUCUGGAACUGAAUGCCUCUGUGUGUGCCAGGCUGGGACUUACGGAGAUAACUGUGAGCUAAGAGCACCGGACUACAACUCUGUUGCUGUUGAUGGGUACUGGAGCUGUUGGUCUGCAUGGAGCUCCUGUGAUGCUUCUCAUAAGAAACGUAGGGCCCGCGUUUGUAACAACCCUGCACCCCUAAAUGGAGGCAAGCCAUGUGAAGGUGAACAGGAGCAAGAGGAAGAGUGCUAUUUUUCCAUAUUUGCUGACACUGGGGCCUUGUGUAUAAAUGAUGAUGAAGUGAGGAAAGAGAGUGACAUUUUAGUCAUCCAGCCUGAAUCAGGAUGUGCUAAACCAGAUCCUCCAGAAUUUGGAUUCAUCAGGAAUGAAAAGAAUCAUUAUGCUGUUGGUGAAGAUGCUGAGGUUGUGUGCUUGAGUGGAUACAAUCUAGUGGGCUAUCCAUUCUUCCGCUGUCUGCCAGAUCAAACAUGGGUACAGAGGCCUGUUGAAUGUCAAUUGUCUGUUUGUCCCAGACCAGCAGCAUCCCAGGAUGUCUCAAUUUCCCCAUUUAAAAGUGAAUACAACAUUGGAGAAACUAUCCAGCUUAGGUGCCCUGUGACUUUUGUGUUAAAUGGCCAGAGCCAAUACACUUGCGGCCAGGGGCCAUCAUGGAAACCUUCCAUUUUGAGACUACUUACUUGUGAAAGAGCUGAUUACAUUCAAAACCAAGGAAGCUGCAGUCCAGGGCAAAAGCUGGUUGGAUCUCAGUGUGUGUGCAUGUCCCCAACAGAGGAUUGUCGCCACUACUCUGAAGAUAUUUGUGUACUGGAACCAGCUUCUGAACAAACACUUACAAAGCCCAGCUGCCAAUUCUUGGCAGAGAAAUGUUUGGGAGAGCAUUCCUUCCAUUUCCUGCAUUCUGGCCCCUGCCGCAGUGAUGUUGACUUGAGUUGGGCCAUAGAAAGGGUCAAAAUCUCUACAGACAGCAUGAAGAGGAAACCCUGUGGCUAUGAUUUGUGCUAUGACUGGGAAGAAUGCUCGGAGUCACGUUUGGAAUGCUUCUGCCUGCUACCAAAUCAAUGCCCACGAAACAAUGAAGAACAACUUUUCUGCAUCCAAACUAAGUCAAGAAGUACUACUGUCAACCUCUGCAUGCUGGCAACAAUGAAGUGCUCUAAAAGAAACUUUGAAGUACUACAUGAAGGAAGCUGUUAAGACUGAAAGCCUUUAAGAUCAGCAACAGACUGUCUGCUCUUCUACUUACUGUUUGAAUGUGUAUUGUAUCUUGCCAGUAACACACUACUAGAUCAAAGAGGCGAUAUAACACAACAACCUAAAUAUUUUAGCUGUCUGACCCCUUACAUUCCACAGAAUGGUAUACUAAAAAUUGACUACAACUCAGUAACAGGCCAUGUAUGCAGAGUUCACAAUGUUACUUUUAAGGCUACAAUUUCUAGAAUACCCUAAUCAAUAUGACCAUUUUCCAUGCUGUUUUGGGUGUUGUAUUCCAGAAAAUUAAUUUUUCCCAGUUCUUGCAAGACACAUAAAACCACCACUAGAAAGUUCUCAGAGAGCAAGGUUAGAAAGACUGUGGUCUGAGACCUUGGUGAGAACCACUAUCACCUGAUACAGAUAAUGGUGAGCCUUACUGAUCACUAGCAUUGCUUUCUGUAAAGCAGCAUUAUUCUAAAUUCAUAAAAUAAAUGGAGGGUUAUUCUGCAGAGAUGGGAAAAUGCCAGCAUUGCCUUGGGGGCAGCGCUCUGGCCGUUGCUGGUGCCAUUUUUCAGGCAGGCAUUACAAAGGCCUUUUGCCACUUCACUUAGAAAAGGGAGCAGUUCCUUUUUUAUAUAUGAGUUAAUUUGCAAUACAUAUUGACACAUGGAUAAAUUGACUCUUUUUUUGGUGGCUGAUUUUUGACUGAAACCUCUAUAGCAGGCAUGGACAAACUUUGGCCAUCCAGGUGUUCUGGACUUCAACUCCCACAAUUCCUAACAGCUGAUAGGCUGUUAAGAAUUGUGGGAGUUGAAGUCCAAAAAACUGGAGGGCCGAAGUUUGUCCAUGCCAACUUUAGAUAUACAUGAAUUUGUGUGUGUGUGUGUGUGUGUGUGUGUAUUGCAUUGUCAGAAAGAAACAGUGUGGACCUGUGUACCACACUGGACUUCUAUACGAUUUCUGGAAUAUCACCAGUUUACAGUAUACAUCUGGAAUAUCAUCAGUAUACCAGUAUAUAUCAACAUUAAUGCCCUAGAAUCCAUUUGGCAAAAAUUUCAGGAGCUAGGUUUCUGUUCUGUUAAAACUUAACUAAUGCAAAUAAAUGUGUGUUCAAAAAGUCCA